AUGGAGCUUUUCAAGUGUCUGUUUGGUGUAGUGGUGGUGGUGGUUGUUGUUUCAGUUUGUGAUGUUACUGCCCAGCAUUACUGGACGAUGCCUCUGCAGAAACAUCAACCUCCUCUUCCUUCCCAGCCGCCUCAGCAACGGUUGAAGGUUCCUCCACCUUCAGUUCCCUUUGAUAAAUGUCAGGUGGAGGAGAAUGAGAAGAUACAGUGCGGGACUCGAGAUAUCACAGCCGAGCAGUGUGAAAACAUAAACUGCUGCUUUGAUGGGCGGCAGUGCUACUACGGGAAAGCAGUGACUGUGCAGUGUACCAGGGAUGGCCAGUUUGUGGUGGUCGUGGCUCGAGAUGCCACUCUGCCCCACAUAGAUGUGGAUUCAGUCAGCCUGCUGGAGGCAAACAACCCCUCCUGUACCCCAGCUGGUGUCACCGCUGCCUUUGCCAUCUUUCAGUUCCCUGUGACUGCAUGCGGUACUACAAUCAAGGAGGAAGAGGGUUAUGUGGUGUAUGAGAACCACAUGUCUUCCUCAUAUGAAGUGGGAAUUGGCCCCAGAGGAUCAAUCACCAGGGACAGUCAUUUUGAGUUAUUGUUCCAGUGUAGAUACUCGGGCACAGCAGUGGAGGCUCUCGUCUUGGAGGUGAACGCUCUUCCUCCCCCUGUGCCGGUCGCUGCUGCAGGACCCCUCAGAGUGGAGCUCAGACUGGGCAACGGAGAGUGUCUCUCAAAGGGAUGUGUGGAAGAAGAGGUAGCGUACAGCUCCUUCUACACUCGAGCAGACUAUCCCAUCACUAAAGUGCUGAGGGAACCUGUGCAUGUCGAGGUGCGACUCCUGGAGAGGUCUGAUCCAAACAUCGUCUUGAACCUGGAGCACUGCUGGGCCACUUCCACCCCCAAUCCUCACAGUUUGCCACAAUGGGACCUUCUGGUUGAUGGAUGUCCGUACCACGAUGACCGUUACAUAACCACAGUAGUGCCUGUGGAUGGCUCCUCUGGGCUUCAGUAUCCAUCACACCACAAACGUUUCAUCAUCAAAAUGUUCACAUUUGUGGAUCAAAACACCUUUACUCCUCAACAGGACACGGUGUUCAUCCACUGUGCUACUGCAGUGUGUUACCCCAGCAGCACAAACUCUUGUGCACAGCCAUGCCACCGGCAACGGAGAGCAGUGGCUGCAGUGAGGAAAGCUUCCUCAAACCAGAGGGCUCUGGUCUCAAGUGGAGAGGUGAUCCUGACAGAGGAGAGGACUACGUCUGCUCCCGACACCAAAUCAAACCGAUGA